AUGUUUUAAUAACAAUAUAACAAAAAAAUAUAACAAAAUCGUCUUUAACAAAUAAUUAAAUUCGAUAGAAAGGAAUAAUUCAAUAACAAUAAAAAGUAAAAAGAUAUUUAUGAAACAUUUAAUCAAUAAUUUGAAAACAAAAGGAUGUUACUGCAACUCAAUUUAAAAUCCUACUUCUAGCACAGGAAACAAAACUAUUUCAAAACCGAUUAUCAAAAAACUAUUAAUAAAUUAAUAUACAAUAUAUAUAACGGGCCGGGCCGGGUACCCGUUAUUUUUUAAUUUUGGAACCGGUCCGGUUCCUUAAAAAAAAAUUACCCGACCCUACCCGGACCGUUUUAUGGAAACAAAAAAUGGAACCGGCCCGUUUUGGACCCGAACCGCCAUUACCCGGACCGGACCGCGGUUCCAAGACCCGUUUGCCCACCCCUACUAACAACGCCGUGCCGUACCUCUUCUCUUCUUAUUAAUAAGUCAAGCCAGACACCGAACAACUCUUUCAAAUACCCAUAAAUUCUUCCCGUAUCUAAUUCCCAUUCAUUAUUCCCCAAUUAGGAAAAUAAUAAUCAUAAAAAAUUAUAUAAAAAGGGAGGAAACCCCGCUUUCCUCUCUGUUUAUGUGGUGCGAACAGGUUGCUGAUGAUUCCACCGCCAUCUUGAUUAAGAAUCAUCAUACUUCUUCCUUCCAUCUGCAAUGAUUUUUCCAGCUCCUUGAGAAUCAAUAAUUUCGUUUCAUAGCUUUUCCUGUUUCUCUUGACUCAAAUCAAAUCAUGUUUGUUGUGAUCUUAUUGGCGAUCGUCGCUGCAUUUUUUGUUCUGCCUUUCGCGUCCAAAUCUUCUCUGCUGUUUCUGUUGAAGAAAUGGUUUCGAGUUCUGGAGGACAAGUGCUAUGAGCACCAGUUCUAUAAGGUGCCGGAGUUCAACCAGAAUAUGCAGGAAAAUCAGCUGUACCGGAAAGUGUCUACUUAUCUCAGUUCCUUGCCCGGCGUUGAAGAUUCCGAUUUCACAAACCUGUUUUCCGGCGGGAAAUCGAACGAGAUCAACGUCGUUCUCGAUUCGAAGCAGGUCGUGGUCGACACGUUUUUGGGCGCUAGGGUUUGCUGGACGAACGAGGAGAGCGAGAUGAAAUCGCUGGUAUUGAAAAUCCGCAGAAACGAUAAGCGCCGGAUUCUUCGAUCAUAUCUUCAGCAUAUUCUCUCGGUGUUCGAUGAAAUUGAGCAGCGGAGGAAGGAGGUGAGGCUGUACAUGAACAUCGACAAGGAUACGGAGAAGUGCGGGCGGUGGAGAUCGGUGGCGCUGACGCAUCCCGCGACGAUUGACACGGUGGUGAUGGAUUCGGAUCUCAAAAACAAGGUCAAAUCCGAUUUGGAAACGUUUCUCAAAUCCAAGCAGUACUACCACAGGCUCGGCCGUCUCUGGAAGAGGAGCUACCUGCUCUACGGCCCUUCCGGUACCGGAAAGUCCACCUUCACCGCCGCCAUGGCGAAAUUCCUCUGCUACGACGUCUACGACGUCGAUCUAUCCCGAGUCUCCGACGACACCGACCUCAAAAUGCUUCUAUUGCAGACGAAGAGCAAAUCUCUGAUCGUGAUCGAAGAUCUGGACCGUCAUCUGCUCGGGAAAUCAACGGGCCCGACGUUUUCGGGGAUCCUCAACUUCAUGGACGGGAUCUUCUCCUGCUGCGGCGAAGAACGAGUCAUGGUGUUCACGAUGAACGGAAAGGAUCAAAUUGAUCCGACGGUUCUGCGGCCGGGAAGAGUAGACGUCCACGUGUACUUCCCCCUGUGCGAUUUCAACGCUUUCAAGAGCUUAGCUAGCAGCCACUUGGGUUUAAAGGAUCACAAGCUCUUCUCUCAGGUAGAAGACAUUUUGCAAACCGGGGCGAGUCUGAGCCCGGCCGAGAUCGGGGAACUCAUGAUUUCGAACCGGAGUUCUCCGAACCGGGCCUUGAAGUCGGUCCUCUCUGCGUUGCAUAACAACAGCGAAGAGAGGGCUGCUGCCCGGCACACCCGGAGGCUGAGCCACAGCGGGUCGGGCCGGACCAAGGAGGAAUCGGGCAGUUACGGAAAAGAAGGGAUAAAAGAGGUCCGAAAGUUGUAUGGACUUUUGAGGAUAAGAAGUAGUUCUAGGAAAGAGUCAUACGAAUUAGAUGCCGCAGCAGAGAAAGAAUAGUUGACCGACAACAAAAGGAUAGUUGUUUGUUUUAGAUUACUUUUUGUUCGUGUAACCCAUUUGGGGCGCUUUCGAGAUUGUCUUUUCAUGUAUAAAAAUACUAGGAUUUUGCUUCUUGUACACAUCGGAGUAGUCGGACACUAGGUGCGUACACAAACAACAACUUCGUAACAAAUAAUGAAGAAGACGCUCAUAUGUUGAUUUUUUUUAUUGGAAUCGAGUAGGAUCUUCGUGUUCAUGAUAUUAAUAAGAGAAAUUGUCAUAUAAGUACGUGUACAACUAAAACGGUUCAUUUUCCGAUAUAAUGUUAAUAGUUAUUUUCAAAAAAUAAUA